AUGGAUGCACGGUCCCCCUCUGAGCGUCGCUAUGACAUUUCAACAGACAACGGUGGGCGGGAGCUUUCUCUGUCCGAGAAGAAGGCUGGAGAUGUGGUUGUAGCAUCAAGUGAAGCAUCGACCGGUGAGCGUGAUGGCAGUGAUCGGAGCUCAGCGAUCCCGCUGAAGAUGAAGCUCAUUGCUAUUCUCUUGGUUACUGCAACCGGAUUUGGUUCGCACUGGAGUAGUGGUGUCACAGGCGCGAUGAAAAGUACUGUAAAGAAGGAACUGCAUAUCAACAACGCCCAGUAUUCUGUGCUGGAAGCCAGCGAGGACUUUAUGAAAACAGCUCUAAUCCUCGUGAGCGGUCUUGUCACCGAUAGGAUCGGUGGUGCAAGCGCCAUGCUUUGGGGCAAUGCCAUUUACAGUAUAGGUGCCAUCUUUAUUGCAGCCGCCACCACCGUCCGGUCGUACAAAUUCAUGAUAUUCGGGUCGAUCGUCCAGGCCUUCGGAGACAUCGCCACGCAAGUCGCCCAGUACAAAGUAUUCAGCUCCUGGUUCGCGCCAUCCAACGGCUUCGCAUCGACCCUUGGCUUUGAACUCGGUAUUGGCAAGAUUGGAUCUUUCGUUGGCAAGGCUACAGCAAACGUCAUCGCGAAAAACACAGGUGACUUUAGCUGGGUGUACUGGGUCGCUGUUUUCAUGAACCUCUUCACUAACGUGACAACUCUCCUUUACUGGAUCUUCACGCGGUGGUGCGGCAACAAGUACACCGGUACAGCUGACCCCGCGACCGGCGAGAAGCUCACGGAAAGCAACAAGAAGUUUGAGUUUGGAAAGGUCUUCCGGCUUCCCUGGACCUUCUGGAGUAUCGUCGCUUUCUCACUCUUCCAAACCAGUACCGCAUCCGUCUUCGCUCAGAAUGCAACGGAGUUCGCUGAGCAGCGCUUCGAUAUGGAUGCCGUCAAGGCAGGGUGGUACUCCUCGCUGGCGCAGUAUUUAGGGUUCUUCCUCGUUCCGAUCAUCGGCGUCUUUGUAGAUGUUCUAGGCAAUCGUAUCACCCUUAUGCUUGUCUGUGGAUUGGGUAUGCUGCUAUCCAUGUGCCUGGCAACAUGGGGCCCAACAUUCUCUGGUACGGCGGCUUCGUUCGGCAUAUACGGUGUCGCAUCUAUGUUUGGCCCGACGGUCAUCAUCGACUCAAUUCGCACUUCUAUGUGGUACCAAGAAGUCUUCGGUUCCGGAUACGCCGUUAAGAUUGCAGUCAACAACGCCAUGUCUAUCAUUAUCCGUAUCAUCACGGGUGUCAUUCAGGAUCGCGACGAUAACUCUUACGACAAUGUCGUUAUUGUGUAUGUUGUACUUUCCGCGUGUUCGGUCGUGGUAGCAGCAAGUAUGUUCGUCGGCUGCUUUUGGACAAGUGACCUUGCACAACUCCAGUGGACUAGGCGCCAACGUGUCACAAAGGGCGAGGUCAUCAACGUGCGGAGAGAGGAGUUUAAGUCGGGAGCUUCUGGUCAGAGAAACAGGAAGAUCAGCAUGUCUUUGUUCAUUGCGCUAUUGUUCUUGGUGGUGGGUUCCUGGGCGGCGUACUUCUGGGGUGUUGCGACUGGAAAUAAUACCUGA